CACGCACUCACCUCUCCAUUCUCCACAGCCCACCAGAAGCUGUGAAUGGUAGACAGCUGCUCGUAUUUCGCUCCGCUGGUGAACACCACGCCAGUCAGAGUGAGUGGAGCCUGAGCUGAGCGCACAGCCACAGUCAGCGGUCUUCUGAUAUUAUGUAAAAUAAGAAUAGUGGAUUGUUUUAUACAACAAAGGGAUAAAAUCAAAACUUUAAAAGCACUCACAUACGCCUGUUUUUUUAAUUUGAUUCCCAGGAUUUACGCGCGCUAAAGUGACCAUGGCACGUUUUACGCACUGCAGAAACAGUGUUUUGGAGGCUCAAAUAACCCAAACCAUGGAUUAAACAGCAAGUACUUUUCCGUAUACUUCAGGAGAGCUCAAAUGGCGGCACUUCGUAGAAAAUUUGGCGAAGACUACCAGGUGGUUAACACAAAUCGGGCUACCACUUUUUCUGCCCCAGUUAAGAAGAAACGCCAGCGCUUCGUGGACAAGAACGGUCGCUGCAAUGUGCAGCACGGAAACCUCGGCGGAGAGUCCAGCAGGUACCUCUCUGACCUCUUCACCACUUUGGUAGACCUAAAGUGGCGAUGGAACAUGCUCAUCUUCCUCCUAACAUACACGAUCGCUUGGCUGGUCAUGGCAUCUAUGUGGUGGAUCAUCGCUUACAUCAGAGGAGACCUGAAUCACGGCCACGACGCGUCCUACACUCCCUGCGUGGCCAAUGUUUACAACUUCCCCUCAGCUUUUCUGUUUUUCAUCGAGACUGAGGCCACGAUCGGUUACGGCUACCGGUACAUUACAGAGAAGUGCCCGGAGGGCAUCAUCCUCUUCUUGUUCCAGUCGCUGAUGGGCUCCAUAGUGGACGCUUUUCUCAUCGGCUGCAUGUUCAUAAAAAUGUCCCAACCUAAGAAACGCGCAGAGACGCUAAUGUUCAGUCAGGACGCCGUGAUUUCUCAGCGAGACGGCAAACUGUGCCUCAUGUUCCGUGUGGGCAACCUGCGGAACAGCCACAUGGUGUCUGCUCAGAUCAGGUGCAAACUCAUAAAGUCUCGUCAGACACCUGAGGGCGAGUUCCUGCCUCUGGACCAGUGUGAACUGGACGUUGGUUUUGGGACGGGUGCAGACCAGCUCUUCCUGGUGUCCCCUCUCACCAUCUGCCAUGAAAUCAAUCCCAAGAGCCCCUUUUUCGACUUAUCUCAACGCUCUCUCAUGAAUGAACAGUUUGAGAUUGUUGUUAUCCUCGAGGGCAUCGUGGAGACCACUGGUAUGACAUGCCAGGCCCGGACGUCAUAUACCGAGGAUGAGGUUUUAUGGGGCCAUCGCUUCUUGCCGGUGAUGUCCCUGGAGGAGGGCUUUUUCAGGGUAGACUACUCUCAGUUCCAUAUCACGUUCGAGGUACCGACACCAGCGUACAGCGUCAAGGAGUACGAAGAGAAGAAUUCACUGCCCUCGCCUCUAUCUACUCCUACACGGACUGAGAGCCAUGGCGCCCGGCGUGACCGGGUGUUUUCAGUGGACUGCAUCAACACAUCGGAGGAAAGGAGGGGAGGGACUGGGGGUCGACUGCCGAGCAAGCUGCAGAGGAUGAGUUCAUCCGGGAAGGAGGACCUGCAGAGGAAGGUGCUUCUGCUCAGCUCCCAGCACUCGGAGAAGGCCUGCAGCACAGGAGACCUGCCUCUAAAGCUGCAACGCCUCAGCUCCACGCAAGUAUCCGGGCCGGAGAAUCGACUGAACCUCAAGUCGGUCAAGGUGGGCUUCGAACCCAUGACCCAGUCUACUGGAGACCUGUACCAGCAAAGCCUACUACCCACGCCCACACUGUCCACUGCUCCGGUCCCCAUGCACAGCCCACUGCUCUCAGCUGGAGGGAGGCCAGAGGACAACCUGCCAGCAAAGCUACGGAAGAUGAACGCUGACCGCUGAAACCCAGACAGUCCCACAGCAACAGCCUUCCACUGACCUCCGAUAACAGACGGACCGGAGGACACGCGCAUGGAAACUGAUUCAGAGGUGUACUUUACCUUUUGGGGCUUUGAUAGGAUAAAAUCAGAUGUUUUUUUCUGACAAUUAAUUGAUUCGUUGUUAUUUUUCUUGAGACAAACUUUACUGGAAUUACUGUGAUUUUUGUGUUUCAUAGCUGAGGCAUUCAUGCAGGUUUUGUUACACACGAAAAACAAGAAGAAAACACAAACUUCAUGCUUCAUUUGAACUCGACACAUUCUCACGCCGAACUCGUCAAAUACCGCCGCUUGGUCAGUGCAACUUGGCAUCGACGAUAGACGCACUAGGUACCACCCUAGACGGAGUGUCAAUAUACGCUCGUUACAUGCAUGGUGUCCUUUCAAAACAAACUUCUGUCUUCGCAGAUAGUUAAGUUUAGGAGACAAAACCACUUAGUUAGGUUUAGGAACAGACCGUAGUUGACGUUAACGAGUGACUAACGACUCAGGUGACAAAAUGUCGUUUUGCACAGUACGUGAACACCGCUCUACUGGAAGAGAGUCCUUGUUUGUGUGACCCAUCCACCAUCACCCCUCCACUCUAAGACUUAGAAGACUCUCACAGACUUCAUUCAACGUCACACGCUCUGACCGUCGACUAAUGCCAAGGGAGGGUUUACAUUGGAGUUAGUUGAAAGCCUGGUGCGCCGCAUACAGCCACUAAAGGGGGCCUCUGUGCGUCGAUCUUCGAUGCCAAAGGGGAAUUGGCAAAGCAGAGGUAUUUGACGAGUUGGUAGUGAGAAUGGGUCGGCAAACUUGAUCAUUCUGCAAGAGUUGUGCAUGUAUACACUAAAUCCAUGUAUGCACCACUACAGUUAAUAGUCAAUCUUAGAUCUAAAUAUAAAUUAUAUACGGAUAAUAAUAAAUGCUGUUGAUCUUU